UUGUCCCCCAGCACGGGCAGACUCGUUAAGGUGCGUUUCGUUUGGGAAAAAAAAGAAAAAAUAACGUGAGCGGGAAAGAGAGCCUUCGUUGGAGGCUUUUUAUAGUCGCUUGGCCGAUGCGCUCGCGCACGCCGGCAUCCGAGCUUAAGGAUCGGCCUAAUCUCAUUCUAAUAAAAAGCUUACGCAUAUAUCGACGUGUUAUUAUUAGUUUUGAAUUAAAAUAGUUUUUUUUUUCGUCGUGCUUCGGACAUUCUGUGCGGUAUAGGUGUUGAAUUAUGUCAGGCACGUGCCGUUUAUGGCUCCUUUUAUGGUUAUAUUUUGACGUUAAAUUAGUGAUUUUUUAUUAGGGUUGUUGUUAUUAUCAUUGAGACUUCUUCGUUCACACUGUGUGGUCGUGUUUUGUUUUUUUUUUAUUUAUUUUUUUAUGAAAUGGAAUUUAAUUGAGUUGUGUUGUGACUUUACUUCGGUUUGAUUUCCGCUGACAAAAUGUUUUUAAGAUUCGAGCCAACAAAGUCCACCAAGGGCGCGAGCAAGAUGCGGCGCGACCUCAUCAACGCGGAGAUAUCAAAUCUGCGCGACUUGCUACCGCUGCCGCCCUCCACGAGACAAAGGCUGUCACAGCUGCAGCUGAUGGCCCUCGUGUGUGUCUAUGUGCGCAAAAUGAACUACUUUCAGCAAGUAUUUAAGAGUCACGACUUCAGUUAUCAGUACAAGGAACAACAACCACCGACACCUAAUAUCGGAUUUUCAAAGGCGAUGAACGGUUUUAUGAUGAUGAUGACACAGAACGGGAAAUUGUUGUACAUAUCGGAAAACGCCGCCGAAUACUUGGGACACUCGAUGGAAGAUCUUCUGAUUCACGGCGACAGUGUUUACGAUAUAAUCGACAGACAGGACCACCAAAUGGUUCAACUAGAGCUAAAUAGAGGCAGCAACGGAGAGACUGAAAACGUACCAAAGAAUAGGCAUUUCUUCUGCAGAAUGAAUGUAUCCAGAAACGCUAGACGCCAAAUGAGAUUUGGUGACCAAAAAGUAGUUUUAGUUCGAGGGCAUUAUGUAUCAUACCUACCACUAUGCAGUCGAAAUGAGCCAGUGUUCCUAGCCUCGUGCACUCCCCUGGCGAUGCCCGAGACGAGGGAGUGCGUAGUACACGGCGCUACCAACGUAUUCACCACCAUACACUCCAUGGACAUGAAGAUUUUACACAUAGACGCUAACGGCGAAUGGUACUUAGGAUGGAAGAAAAGCGAGUUAGCCGACGUAUCGUGGUAUCAAAUUCUACAUUGGGAUAGUCUACGGGAAGCACAGGCCAAACAUAGAUUAGUAACGCAAUCUGACCAAGACAAGUGUUGCAUACUGCUAGUGAAACUCCAACAGAGAAGCGGUCAGUUCCUAUGGAUUCACAUGGUGCUACAAGUCAAAGAUGCAGCCGAUACACCGCGACAGUUCAUCGUGGCUACUAACCAAGUUUUAAGUGAAGAAGAAGCAUCAAUAAUGCACGCGAACUCUUGGCUCUACCAAUACUACGGCUACCAGAACCAACCGUGUGGCAUGCUGGACCCGAGGUGUCAGAAGUUCUUCAGACGAGAACCAUCUUACCCUGACCCCUACCAAGAGUACCAGUACGUUGAAAACCCGGAGGUUGAUUACACUGGUUAUCACAUGACGCCUUAUGUACAUAAAACUGAUGAAUACGGAUGUGAAAGAGUUUAUACGGAUAGAGGUCCUGUAGAUUAUUCAACGCAUUCGCCUCAGUCUACUAUUAGUGAAGAAAGAUCUCCGCUGCCCUGCGACGCGCCGGACGUAGUCGUGAACAGCAACAUGUACAUGUACCCCAUGCACGGCAAGCGGGAGUACUACGACCACACACAUGUGCACUACAACACGCAGGACCCAUGCACUAGUACAAAUAUUGAAGGUAUAGAAUACUCGCCGGCAAAGAGGAUGCGACUAGCACCUGGCCCUUUGAGCUUAGAAGGCACCGACGGUAUGGACCGAUGGAACCCCAGUCCGCCAUGGUCGGAUACCCUCAAAAUCACUGACUAUACCCAGAGGUUCACCCCCUAUAACAUGAUACCAAUGCCAGCUGAAAGAGCCUCUAUGGUGACCUAACUAUAAUUCAAUUAUUACCUAGUGUAUUAUAAUGCAUUUAAAAUAAACGGUUUUAUGCAAUACCGAGCAAUAAGUUCCAUUAAAUUAAAAAAUAUAUAUUUAUCGGCUUGAAUGAAAGAUGCAAUACUGCUCAGUAUAGUGUAAUCUAGAUUGGUUUUAACUUGUGCUUGUGUAGUGUCUAUGAAUGAACUCGAAGAGUAAUUUUAAAUACGACAUUACAUGAAGCGUUUUUUAGAAAUUGUGUGGACGUGCAAGAUGAACUGUGAAAACAUUAUGUUGAAUGAAAUAAUGUCUAAAAUAUGUAAUUAAUGGGCUAAAAGAAUAUUCUGGGGAAAAAAAUUAUGGUGUGAUCCAGGACAUGUUUUUUUUAGAAAUAUUUUUAUUAUUUCAAACUAAAAUUAAGUUUGUUGUCUUCCUUUUUUGUAAAUUUAUCUUUCUAUGCAAUAAACAACGAAUAAGAAUUUAAAUGUUUAAAAGCUCAAUUCAAUUUUGAAGAGUUUGUCAGUAUUUUUAGUUAUAAUUUAUAGUAAAUGAAUAAAUAUUAAAUUAAAAAGUAUUAUUGUUUGUAAGGAAAUGAAAAAAUAUUCCGUCCAAAUAUUUUUCAUUGCAUUCCAAAGGAAUUCUUUAGAGUUAUUUUGUCUAUUACGUUCUAGGCAUAACUUUUGUAAAUAUUUAUUUGUAGAUUAUUUUGUGUAUAAACUAAGUAGAAAAAUUCAGAAAUAUACUUAUAAAGC